AGGAGGUGGGCCGGACGUGGAAGCGGGCAGGACAAGGGCGGGGCCAAGGAGGAGGCUACUUCUUGGCCCGCGGCGCCUGGGCGCAGGCGCAGAGGCCGGGCCGGCCCGGGCUUCGGCCUCGGCGCCAGGAAAUGGCAGCGGGGCCCAGGACGGAGGAGGGUUCCUUGGACAUCACCCAGAGUGUUGAGGACGACCCCCUGCUGGAAGCCCCGCUCCUCCCACAUCACUCACUGCAAGCCCAUUGCAGACCGAGCUUCCACCCUCUUCCUACUGUCGUCAUAGCAAACCUGCUCCUGCUUAUACAUGUUGUGUUUGUGAUUUUAGCAUUUUUAACAGGUGUGCUUUGUUCUUACCCUAAUCCAAAUGAGGACAAAUGCCCGGGAAGCUACACCAACCCCUUGAAAGUUCAGACGGUCAUAAUCCUUGGAAAGGUUAUUUUGUGGCUUCUCCAUGUACUUCUCGAGCGCUACAUCCAGUUUCAGCACAGCAAGGUCAGAAACCGCGGCUACAGCUUGAUCUACCGAUCGACGAGGCAUCUGAAGAGGCUCCCGCUGAUGACACACUCCACUGGCAACACCGCGCUUCUGCUCGUGCUGUGCCUGCAGCACUCCUUUCCCGGGCCCAGCAGGGUGUACCUCGACCUCAUCCUGGCCAUCCUGGCCCUGGAACUCAUCUGUUCCCUCACCUGUCUGCUCAUUUACACAGUGAAAAUCCGAAAAUUUAACAAAGCCAAACCACAGCCUGAUAUAUUUGAAGAAGAAAAAAUCUGUGCCUACCCCAGCAAUGUUACCUCGGAGACUGGAUUCAGGACUCUUUCACGGCUAGAAGAAAUCAUUGAAAAGCAAGGAGACAUGAUAGUGUAUCUGAAACGACACAAUGCCCUGCUGAGUAAGCGGUUGUUGGCGCUCACUUCCUCGGACCCGGGCUGCCAGCCAAGUAAAACGUGAGGGGCUUGCGUGGCCGCGGCUGCAGAAGACUCCAGAGUCCCUUGGGACCGACUGCCGACCUGACAAGCGGCCACAGCAAGUUGUAGCUUUGCUGAAUAACAUUUUAUAAUUUUUGUUGGAAACCUGAAUUUGGUUCUGCCCUGGGUGGCUGUUUAAUAUAUAGGGCUUGUGGGUCAUUUGAAAGGUGCUUUGUAGAAGCCUUGGCAACUCGAGGAGAAUGUUUGUUUUGUACCUUUUGAACUUAUUUAACUGCUUGGUUUAUCUUAGAUAAACUAUAUCGUAGAUAUAGUUUAAGUAUGUCCAUGACACAUGACAUUUAAAACCCUGUAAUAAUUUGGCUAUUUAUAGAAGAAGUCAGACAAGGCAGUCUAUUUUAAACAGGGUUUUAAUCACAUAAGUUCUUCCCACUUUCAAGCUAAUGAGAGAAGUGAUUAUUCCUUGUGGUGGGUGUUUUUCCUGCAUUGCCUUAUCAUGUAUUGCAUAUGCUCGUGUGGUGUUGGGUCACUUUAUUUUGGCCCUUCUUUAAGAAGUUGACAUACAAUUCAGUAUUGAUUAUACCUUCAUUGGCUCAGUGAGUUCAAUUAUAGAAAAGAAAUCUUCUGUGGUUUUAAAUUAGUCUAAAAAGAAAAAAAGAAUCCUUUUCUAGUCUUGGGUUAUACUUAAAAAUUAUGAUGGGAAUAAAAUGUCAUAUCAAUUUAUUUACAGGUAUUAAACUUACCUAAUUCUCAAGAUAAAAAUGAAGUAUUUUUAUGAGCACUGGCAUUGUUUAUCUGUCUUUUCCCAGUAUGCCCCUUUGAGUUAACUGUUUCUGGUCAGCACUGUUGCUGCCUCAGGAAGACUUUUGGAUGAAGGCUUAAUAUGAGGGGAGGGGAUAUUUGUGAUUGUGUAGGCUGUUAAUAUUUUUUGGUCAUUAGCUGAAUAUCCAAUAUUUGAUUUGAAAAGCUGUAUACAACUUCCACUGAAGGGUUUCAAGCAAGGAAGUGACAAUGUCAGUUUUAGUUUUAGGUGGAUCAGAUUAUAAUUCAGCACGGAGGAAAUACGGGUGGCAGAAGGAUAUGGCGCUGAACCAGGGCAGGUAUAGUAACAUUAUAAAUAUAUAUAUGUAUAUGUAUAUAGACAGAAGUAUAUGUAUCUGUGUGUGUUCCAAAUGACAAUAGCAUCAUGACGUAUUAUAUAAUUAAAAGUUCAUUAUUUUUUAAUGGCAA